ACACCGGAAGCGAUAUGUGUACACACGGCACAUACCAAACAUCUUAGACACACAAUCGGGACAUUUCCGGUUAAGUCGUGAGGACACCACACGACGAAGAUCUGCAACCAUCUUUUAACAGUCUGUCUCCCCCUGAUAACCAUCUUGAAACACGGACCGUUAACUGUCUGGUCACUGCUGUCUCUCGCUAUGCCAGCAGGACAGUUUGACAUUUUGGAUUAGCGAGAUAAACCUGUUACAUCAUCCUACCAUGGACCCGUAAUGCUAUACUCUUUCGUGACAGUGCCUGACCACAACCACCACCACCACCAAGGAGAAGUUAACUCUACAAAAGUGUUUGGGUCAUUGCUCUGUACUUUGGGCAGUAAUUGUUUUAAAGACCACUGAGCUGUGUGGUGGUGUUGUGUUCUGAGGAAACACACAACAAGUGACAUUCCUGAACUGUGAAGAUGAUGUUUUUCCCUCGGAGUGCAUGUAUCGUCUGGAUAUACUCGCAUAAUUAUUAGAUUUAAAUGUUAAACCAUUUUCUCGUCCGACAUCCACACUCUUACUCUACAACAUGGAUACGGUAUUGGACUUAGCCGAUGAGUAUCUGUUCGAUGCCUACCACGUCUACCCGGAGAGCUGGGAGAACGGGUAUUGGGCUCGCCAGUUAUUAAGUCUCUUCUUGAUCACCAUUUCCUCCGGAAUACUUGUGUAUAUUUCUUCAGCGGCAUUCAACUACUAUUUCCUCUUCGACCACCGGCUGGAGAGACAUCCUCUAUUUUUAAAGAAUCAGAAGUGGCUGGAGAUAACCACAUCACUAAAGAUCUUACCAGUCAUCGGAGUCUUCACGGCCGCCAUGUUUUUGGUAGAAGUUCGCGGGUACAGCAAACUAUUCGAUGGUCCACCACAACCGGGAAGUUUUGGUUUGUUGUUAAAUAUCAGAGACAUCGUUGGUUUUAUCUUCUUCACCGAUUGCGCCAUUUACUGGAUCCAUCGAGCCAUGCACCAUCGCCUUCUCUACCGACGCAUCCACAAGAUGCACCACAUCUGGAAGGUCCCCACCCCGUUCGCCAGCCACGCCUUCCACCCAAUAGACGGGUUCCUUCAGAGCGUCCCGUACCACCUCUACCCUUUCAUGUUCCCGCUCAAUAAAUACGUGUACCUGGUGCUGUUCUUCCUGGUGAACGUGUGGACCAUCAGUAUCCACGACGGUGACUACCGAGUACCUGCCAUUCUCAGACCGUUCAUCAAUGGCUCGGCACACCACACCGAUCACCAUCUGUAUUACAAUUACAACUACGGCCAGUACUUCACGUUGUGGGAUCGCAUUGGCGGCUCGUUUAAAACACCGUCGGCUUUCGAAGGUAAAUCUUUGGUGGAUGACAUCUUGGAGAAAGAGAGACUUAAAACGGGCCAUCAAGAUUAGAUGUUUGAGAGAAGGCAAGCCAUGAACUCUACACACCCAUUGUGGAACACUGUUAAAUACAAACUAUUGUUGGAACGAAUCGUCGAAUGUGUCGGCCAUCUUGGAUUUGUUCGUGUUUAUUUCACAUCUGCAGCAUGCAAUGAACUCAACUUGCACUCAAGUUUGAAGAUCAGACUUUUCUGAAGCAAAUAAAUUGGCGCAUAAACGAAACUUACUAGCUAGAGACACAAACAGUUUAUCAGGUGACUUUUCAUUCACAGUUUGUUUUGAUCUUUGCAUGCUGAUCAGCCUGGACGAAAGAACAAGAUUAUUUCAAUAUUCAUCGAACUUGUACAUAUUAAUAAUAUGCGUAAAAGUCUAUCUAAGAAUAAACAUUAAUUUAUUGACUUUAAAUGUGUAAUCGCCUGUAUUGGAUCUUGUCACACAAAUUAAUUUUGUACAAACAAGUGUUCUGGAUUAUGAAUGAAUGUAAAUACAUGUUAUACCG